AUGCCGCCCAAGUCAGCAAACUCGUUCAACAAGAAAAACCCCGUUGAAAAGCCCCCACCGUUGGCUGGAAGCAUUGCGAGCUUCCCGCCGAGCUAUGGCAAUCUGCUCACGCUGGUUCGGAAGAACGACUACAAGAAGCUGCAAGAGCUCGCCAACAGCCACAAGAUUGCAGAGGAAGAUGUCAACUAUCAGGACCCACGAACGGGCCGCACGCUCGUCCAUCGUGCAUCCUUGCAGGGCUUGAGCAAGUGCUUGCCGAUGCUGCUGGAUGCCGGCGGUGAUGUGAGCCUUGUCGACCACGUUGGCUAUUCCGCACUCAUGUACGCCGUGCGUAACGGCCAUGCCGAUUGCGCACAGCUCUUGAUCAACGCCAAUGCCAAUGUCAAUCACGCAGCCCAGGACGGAAGCACGCCCGUGUACUGGGCUGCCUACCACGGCUACCCAGACUGCAUUUCACUGUUGAUCAAGAACAACGCGUCCGUGCAUGUGGUCAACGAGGAAGGCCGCACGCCUCUGCAUGAGGCCAGCGAGAGCGGCCAAAUCAUGUGCGUCACCCUGUUGCUCAAGCAGGGCGCUCAGGUGGACGCCCAAGACAAGGAUGGCAAAACCGCACUGCACUGCGCCUGCGACCGAGGCCAUGCUGCCGUGAUUUCGCUGCUCGUCUACCACGAUGCCGACAUUGGCAUGGACGACAACAACCUCUGGACGCCGCUUCACUACGCCGCCGCCAGCGGUCAACAAGACCCCGUUGCCAUGCUGAUUGACUACGGCGCCGAUCUCGAGUGCCGCACCAAGGACAACUUUACCCCCGAGAUGCUUGCGAAACGCGAGGGCCGCACUGAUGUGGCUGAGAGAAUCGCACAAGCUGAGGUCAAGCUGCUGAACGAAACUGGCCCAACCUCCGCCGCUCGCCGAUUGUACGGCUCGGGUGCGGCGUCGGAAGACCACCCACCUCAGGUCAGUACCGCUGGGCUGAAUCGCUAUCGCGCGUCUAUUCGUCGUGAUGCUGCCCCAGACUCGGUGAAGGAACGUCAGGCGGCCAAGGAGCGUGACGAGAAGGCUGCCAAGGAGCGUGAGGAACAGGCCGCGCACGAGCGCGAACAGGCUCGACUCGUCAAAGAGCGGGAGGCGCUUGCACGUCGUGAGGCCGAGGAGCGAGAACGGCUUGCUGCUCAACACCGGGAACGUGAAGAACGCGAGCGUGAACAGCGCGAAGCCGAACAGCGCGAGGCCGAACAGGCCAAAGCUGUCGCUGCUGCUGCGGCGGCCUCCGCUGCUGCUGCCGCCGCUGCUGAGGAGGUAGCGCGAACCAAGCUUCGCGAAGCAGAGCUCGCUGCUGCGCAGGCAGCUGCCGCAGCUGCCUCUCUUGCGGCCGACUCUGACCGCAAUGGACACGUGCGAAUGGUCUCGGAGGAUUCCCUCGGCGACGACGUGGCAACACCCCAGCAUGCGCGCUUCCGCUCCUCCUCGGAAGAUUCCACCAGUCGCCCAGAAGACUCGCCGAGUGCGCGUGCUCGCUCGCCCCUCCCGCCUCCUGGACCCCGCCACCCCAAGCCCACGAAUCUUUCCACCUCCGCUGCCGGCGCCACGCCUUUCGCUCGACGCGCUUUGCAGGGCCAGUUGCGCCCGCCAUCCGUGUGUGACGAUGAUGACAAUGACUAUGACACUCACCAGGCGCCGCAGCGCAAACUCUCCACUGCCUCUGUGGAUGAAGAGUUGCAGAACAUGCCCUCGCCAACGGCAUUGACCGCACGCAAACUCGCCACUCCGGAUUUGCCCUCCCCGCCUCCGCAUGGCCCUCCGAGCUUGGCUGCCCUCCCGCCACCCCCAGCAAACUUGCCCCCGCCACCGCCGAUCGCCACCAUCACCGUCUCGACGGUCUCGCCCGACCCUGACGCAGCUGGGCUGUCCCACCGCCGCCACGGCAGACGUUUGUCCUGGGACGCCAAAGCCCUCCAUGCGAGUGCCGAUGGUGGCCACGCCACCGCUUCCCCCACGCUGCCGCCCGCGCUGGUUCCGCGCUGGUCGGAUCCGACCCUUGAAGUCAGCGACUCGGAGUCGAACUCGGGCAAAGCGUCGCCAGUGUCGCCAGCGACCUUUACGAGUGCUCCGGCCCGCCCGUCGCCGCUGCGCAUUUCCACGACGCGCGGGGUGCCCGAUGCCUCGCACCUGCCGUCGCCACCCCCGGCGCCGGCGCCCGUUGCUGCCCGUCAGCAACCCGCGGAUGACGACUUGCCUCCGCCGCUCGAUCACGUUGAAAGCGACGAUGAUGGUCCGCCGCCGCCGGAGCCCGUUGGCCAUGUUGAUGAUGAUGACGACGGCCCACCGCCGCCGGAACCCGUUGAGCUCCCGAAGGUGCCAGCACCUGUUGUUGCGCCUGUUGCCGUUUUGCGGACGGAAUCGCCUGUACAGCUGGUGUCAUCGUCGCCGUCGCCGCCUCCUGCCUCUGGGGAUUCGGCCAUGAGCGAAGAGCAAGAGCGUGCCGAGCGGCUCAAGGCCAAAGCGGCUGCACGGCUGAAGGCGCGUCAAGAAGCCGAAGCUGCUGAAAAUGCCGCGGCCGAAGAGCGUGCUCGCCAACGCGCCAAGGUCAAGGCUGAGAACGAAAAGCGCGAACGAGAGCUGCAAGCUGAGCGCGAAGAGCUGGAACGGCAGCGACUUGAGCGUAUUCGUCUCGAGGAAGAGCGGAAGGCCGCCGAAGCGGCUGCAGCGGCUGAACGGGCACGCCUCGAGCGCGAGGAGCGCGAAAAGCGUCGUCGCGAAGAGCGUGAAAGACUCGAGCGUCUCCGUCAGGAAGAAGAGGAGCAAGAGCGCCUUGCAGCUGAAGCCGCCGAAGCAGAGGCCGCACUGGAGCGUGCCCGCUACGCCGAAGAGUAUGCUCGCGCUGAGGAACGGCGCAAGGCUGCAGAGCUCGAGGAAGAGCGCCAACUCGAGGAGGCGCGGCAGCGCAAGAUUAUUGAAAAGCAGGAACGCGAAGCCGAGCGCCAACGUGAGUUGGAGGAUCUGGAGCGACUCCGCGUCCAACGGGAGGAGGCUGAGCGCGCGGCUGCCGAAGAGCGCGAGCGUGUCCGCGAGUACAUGACAAAGAAGGGCCUGACCAGCUCUGCCCACGUGCCAUCCUCCAUCAGUGGCCGCUCGUCCGGCUCAUCCACCUCAUCCGCGUCAUCUGGUUCCAGCGGUGCCUCGCGCACGCGUGAACCUGUCAAGUCAUCCCUCGCCGAUGAUCCCGAGCUCGCUGCCGCCCGCGGCGCCCGUGCUGCUGCCGGCAAAAUGUUUGAGCAACCAGCGGAAAAGCCUAAGCCUGUUGCCAAGCCCGUCGAGAAGCCUGUUGAGAAGCCUGUCGAGAAGCCUGUUGAGAAGCCCGUCGAGCCAAAGGCAGUCGAAAAGAAGACGGCUGCUGCUGCAGCAGCCUCUGUGGAAUUGGAUGCUGACGCCGACUAUGAGGCUCGCCGUGCUGCUCGCGCUGCGCGACGAUUGGCUGAAGCUGGAGGUGCUGCUGCUGCUGCUGCUGAGCCGGUUGCCGCUCCGGCCGCCUCCACUUCCUCUGCAGACGAUGAUUUCGAGGCCCAACGAGCCGCUCGCAAAGCUCGGCGACAACAAGAACUGCAGGAAACCGCGCCUGCUGCUACAGCUGCGGACGAUGAUUUUGAAGCCCAACGCGCUGCUCGUAAGGCCCGCCGCCAGCAAGAGGAGGCUGCGGCUCAACCGCCAGCGCCCACAAAGGCCAAACAAGAGCCUGCUGAAGAUGACUUUGAAGCCCAGCGCGCUGCACGCAAGGCGCGCCGCCAGCAAGAAGAGGCUGCUGCUGCUGAACAAGCAGCACCCGCAAAGACCAAGCAAGAGCCUGAGGAAGAUCCGGAGCUUGCUGCUGCUCGUGCGGCUCGUGCAGCUGCACGCCAGAAGCGAGAAGAGGAAGAAGCGCGCGCCAAGGAGCCCGCUCCCCGUUCCUCUGGCUCGUCCAAGCCGGCAUCUUUCAACGAUGAUCCGGAGAUUGCAGCUGCUCGUGCUGCCCGUGCUGCGCUCAAAGCCAAAACAGAGGUGCCCGCCGACGAGCCUUCCUCGGCCGGUAGCCGCAGUGGAAAUGUGUCCAAGGGGACGUCGUUCAAUGACGAUCCCGAGAUUGCCGCUGCUCGCGCCGCCAAGGCCUCACUCAAGGUCUUCCAAGACCAGUCCAAGGCGACAUCGGACGCCACUUCGCGCAAGAGUCUGGCGGACGAUCCCGAGAUUGCCGCGGCUAAAAAUGCUCGGUUGAACCGUUCCAACUCAAAGCCGGCAGAUUCCGUUGAGGAAGUCAAGCCCGCUGCCAAUCUGAGUCGAACCCCUUCGAAGGUGGAGUCCGUUGAGGAGGUAAAGCCCGUUGCCAAGCUGAGUCGAAACCCUUCGAAAGUGGAGCCCGUUGAGGAGACCAAGCCUGCCGCCAAACCGUCAGUCAAGAUGGUCGAGGAAGAGCGAAAAGCGCCCCCGAGCAAGCUGGCUGACGACGAAAGCGUCGUUGCCGUUUCCGCCGCUCGCAAGAUGUUUGGCGGUUCUGCUGCCGCUCCCGCUGCUACUGCUGCCGCUGCUGCUCCUGUCGGCAAGCUUGCUGCUGGAGGUCGCUCGCGAACUUCCAUUGCAGACGAGGAGGAACCGCCUCGCAAGCCCGAGGUGCCCUCCAACAAACCUGCCCCGGUCGUCCAGGAUGACACGGCGCGCUAUGCCGGCGACAAGCCCUCGGUUGGCAAAUUGAACUCUGCGUUUGGCGCGACCUUCAACAAUGCCAAACCUGCUGCUGCUGCUGCUGCGCCGGCCAAGGCUGUGCCUGAACCUGCCAAGGCUGCGCCUGAACCUGCCAAGACCAGCGCUUCCAAGCCGACUGCCGCUGAAGCACCGACCAGCAAGUCCAUGCGCCCUUCAGCCUCGACUGAAGCCGUCGCCAAGCCCGCCGAAGAAGCACUGCCUGAAAUUGUCAAGCCGUCCCAACUCAAGUCUGGCCCUGUCCUUUCAUCCAACACUACCACCCGCUCGUCCGAGAACGAUGCCAAGGAAGCCGUGCGUGGCGUUUCUCUGGCUUCGCUGAAGCAGGGCUUCAUGGCCGGCACCCCUUCCCCGACCCCGAAGUCUGACAAUGGGCCGUUCUCUCCGCCUGCAGAGGAUGCGGCCGUCAAGCCUCUCAAGGUGCCGUCAAUGUUCGGUCCUGCCAAGACGAGCACCGCGACGCCCAAGGCGCCCGAGAAUGAACCCGAAGCCGAGGCACCCAAGCGCGCGCGCCCCGUGUCUACUUUUGGUGCGCCCUCCGCCACCCCCGCAGCUGCUCCUGCCCCUGCUUCGGGCACCUCCGCCGCUGGCGGCCGAGGCCGACCCGUCUCCAUGAUCAACACACCGCCCGCCGAGAGUGAAAGUCUGUCCAAUAUUCGCUCAAAGCUUCGUUCUACCACCCAAGAUACCAGCAAGUAA